AUGGAGCCUGUGGCGUCAAUAUCAGGGGAAUGGAGCUCCUUCAGCGGAAUGUGUUUAACUGACGAGGCUGAUUUUAUGGCACAGUUACUUGGUAACUGUUCACUUCCAAACGAACUACCAUGUAGUUCUAACUUUGGAGUCUCCUCCGCAUAUUGGACUGGUCAUGAAUCAAACAUGAACAUGGGAGGAGCAAGAGAAGUUUCUGUGUAUUCUUCAAAUAAAACUAACAAUAGUAUGUACAUUGAUGGUAGUAGCUUUCUUUUUUCGCCUUCGAGUCAUGAAAAUUACUAUUCAAGUCAUUACCGGCCUAUCUUGAUGAGAAAUGAUAGUUCAAUAACAGUGGAACAUGGUCUGGUGGAUACUAAUAAUCCAAUUGAAGCGGAUGACUUCCUUAACCAAGAUGUGAGCAAUGACAGCAUGGAGUUUGAUGAAAACAUGCCUGAAGCUGCUCUUGAUGGAAAAGGCUUGCAGCUAGGAAGAACAGAUUAUGAACAAUUUUCGGAAGACAAAAUGGAUAGUCCAUCAGAAAGCUCUAAGAAAAGAUCACGGCUGCAUGGGCUUGAGCAUGUCCCGAAGAACAAGAGAAGCGCAAAGCUGGAGAAGGAUCUAAAGAGUGGUGAGAUGGAUGGGAAAAAUAAGGUUGUGCUUCAGAGGCAGAACUCUACGAUCAGUUGCUGCUCAGAAGAUGAAUCUAAUGUUUCUCACGUGUUAACCCGGAAAACCAGAGCCAACAGGGGUUCAGCAACUGACCCCCAGAGCUUGUAUGCAAGGAAAAGAAGAGAGAGAAUUAAUGAGAGAUUGAGGACCUUGCAGACUCUCAUCCCUAAUGGAACGAAGGUUGAUAUUAGCACCAUGCUUGAAGAGGCUGUCCUGUAUGUCAAAUUUUUGCAACUCCAAAUCAAGCUUUUGAGCUCUGAUGAUCUAUGGAUGUAUUCUCCCAUUGCAUACAACGGAAUGGACAUUGGGCUCGAUUUGAGGAUUGAUAUCCCAAAAUGAUAAAGUUGAAAGAUCAAGACAUGGCAGUGCUAGCUGGAUUUCUGCCUUAGUAAAUGGAGAGCAUUAUCAUACAGAGAAACGUUGCA